AUGACCGACGCUUACGUUUGUUCCAAUCAGAAAUUUGGCAUUAGAACUCGCAAUACUGCUGAAUGGGCCUGUACCGAAGUCGCUGCUGCUGGUGCUACUGCUACUUGGGCGACGACCAAACAGGUUGUUGAGGUCGUUGCUGCUGCUGGUGCUACUACUUCGUCGACGACCAAACAGCUUGUUGAGGCCGCUGCUGCUAGUGCUACUACUUCGUCGACGACCAAACAGCUUGUUGAGGCCGCUGCUGCUACUGCUACUACUUCGUCGACGACCAAACAGCUUGUUGAGGCCGCUGCUGCUACUGCUACUACUUCGUCGACGACCAAACAGCUUGUUGAGGCCGCUGCUGCUACUGCUACUACUUCGGCGACGACUAAAUCUCUUGUUGUGAAAGGAACUUGA